UAAAAAAAGCCAUUUAAUGAUGGAAUCAUGGGCACGAUUUUCCCACCCGACAAAAUCAAAGAUCUUGUAACAACCUCAUCUUAUAUUUAACUACCUACCCACUCUCAACACACCUCAACUACUUUUCACAAUAUGGAUCACCACCACCACAACACUCCGGCCCACCACCAACCAUCACCUCCCACACCACAACCCGCAGUUGCGGUCCACCACGUCUCCCACCACACCCCAAAGUACACCGACAAUAAACCCACUGUUAGGUUCUACUGCAAGGCCAAACCUGAUUACUCACUCACCAUCCGUGAUGGUAAAGUUGUUCUUGCACCCACCAACCCUUCUGAUCAUCACCAGCAUUGGAUAAAGGAAGAGAAGUAUAGCACGAGAGUGAAGGACGAAGAGGGUUUCCACUCUUUUGCUUUGGUGAACAAAGCUACCGGACAGGCGAUCAAACACUCGAUCGGUGCUGAGCAUCCGGUCCAGCUGGUGGAGUACAAUCCAGAUAAGCUGGAUGAGUCUGUUCUUUGGACCCAAAGCAAGGAUCUGGGCGACGGUUUUCAUGCAGUAAGGAUGGUUAAUAACAUCAAGCUUAACGUAGAUGCCUGGAAUGGCGAUAAAGAUCACGGCGGUGUUCGCGAUGGCACCAAAAUUUAUCUCUUUAAGUGGACAAAGGGUGAUAACCAACGAUGGACCACUGCGCCUUUCUGAGGCAUUUUCAUGGCUAGAAGUUACUAUGUGAGUUUUCAUGUGUGUUGGUGUGGGUGCUUUGUUCAUGGUCAUGAUGAUGCUAAUAUGCAUGUUUAAAUAAUGAUGAUGAUGAUGAUGAUAAUGAUAUAUGUAUGUGUAUUGAGUAAAAGUGAUUCCAUGAACCCUUCCUUUCUUCCCUUAAAUUGUGUUUAAAAAUUUGUAUCAACUCUUUAUAUUUCUUGUAUGUUUAAGGUUAUGUUUGGACUUUGGAGUAUUAUUCAAGUUAAAAGAACUGCUUUAAAUAA